UGGUGGUAUAUUCAGCAAUUAAUAUUCUAAAGGUCUAAAAAGGUCUUAAGGUUUUUAUUUCAUGUCUUGGUUCUGAGAAAUUAUUAUAGUAAACUCAAAGUAUGGCCACCAAUUUUACAACCAUGAGAAGCUUCCUCAUCCUUGGAUUCCCUGGUCUUUCACCACAAUAUUAUGUGCCUUUGUCAACCCUGCUUUUUUUCAUCUACCUAGCUAUUGCAACAGGAAAUAUUUUUAUUUUAGCAUUUGUUGUCAGUGAGAGGUCCCUGCAAAAACCAACCUAUCUGGUCUUUUGCCACCUGGCACUGAAUGACUUAACAUUUGGCACUGUGACUCUCCCAAAGAUCAUAUCACAAUAUUGGUUGGGUGAUAGCAUUAUAUCAUUUUAUGCAUGCUUUACACAGAUGUUCUUUGUUCACUAUUUAGGAUCAGUUACUUCUUUCAUAUUGUUGGUAAUGGCUCUUGAUCGAUUUAUUGCGAUAUGUAUUCCACUGCGUUACCCAGCUCUAAUCACAAACAGCACCAUAUCGGUGCUCUGUGGUUUUGCUUGGUUUAUACCUCUGCCUUUGAUGGUAGCUGUUGUACUCCAUGCCCUAACUUUACCUUUCUGUAAAUCAAAUGUUAUUGCUCAGUGCUACUGUGACCACAUAUCUAUAACAAGUCAGGCAUGUGGUGAGAAUGUUAAAAUUGUACAGGUCACUUCUCUCUGUAUUGCCAUGUUUUGUCUCUUGCUUCCUCUUGCAAUAAUCUUGUUUUCCUAUCUUUCCAUUAUUGUGGUUAUUUUAAAAAUGUCCAAUGUUUCAGGCCGCAAAAAAACCUUAUUAACCUGUACCCCCCAAAUAUUUAUCACUUGUGUUUUUUACCUUCCCAGGUGUUUUGUUUAUGUAGCUAAUACUGUUGGAUUUUCCUUCAGUUUAGAUGUUCGUAUUUUAUUAAUACUGUUGUACAGUAUUUUUCCUGCUGUUCUUAAUCCAAUCAUAUAUUGUUUCAAGACUCAAGACAUUAAGCAGAUGUUGGUGAAGAGGCUGAGGAAAACUAAAAUUGGGAUAAAGAUUAACCUUUCAUAUUAA